GAAAAUGCCUGUGAUCGCUGUAUGCUGAAAGCCUGCAUCUGCUGCUUGUGGAUACCUAAAUCAAGUAAGUGUUCUAUCAGAAUCAGAUUGAUUGUAAUCUGAGAUGUUGGUUAUUCUUACUAUUACACAUGUUAUAUAAUUGACCACAAUCUAUUUUACAAGGGAGACUCAUUCCAAGAUGGCAGCAAUCACACAUUGUUAUUGAUGAUACUUCUGUCUCUUGUUUGUCUGUUUUCACCACAGAACGCGUACACGGCCACAGAGAUCAAUAGCACCAGUUUCUGUAUGUCGGCACGCGACCCCUUCGUCAUCCUGGUAGAGAAUGCCUGGUAGAGAAUGGCCACCAUCAACAACGUGGGGGACUUUGUCCUCUUCCUGGGAAAGGUAGCGGCCACAUAGCGAUCAUGUAACAAUUAACUCAUUAGGAAUUUGGGGCACCAUUGAAGGAGUUGUUUAACUAGUUACCAUCUCCCGAAUUAAACUCUUAGAAUAUAUAUAUAUAUAUAUAUAUAUGCAUGUUAUGUACCAAUAACAGUCACUUAUUAAUCAUUACCUCAUCAGUCUCAUUCUGAAUGUCUUAUAAUCCUUGAACCUGCAUGAACCCUAACCUUACUUAUGUAUCAGCAAUACACAAAUUGUCUUAAAUAUUUACUUACUAGCUAACUAAAUAAUAACACAGAAUACAUACAUACUUAAUUCAUGAGAAAAGUCCCUAGCGGAUGAACAACAGCAUGACUUGGUUAUCAAAAAGGGAGGGGUCAAUAGAAGGAGGGAGAGAGGGACAAAGUCAGUCAAACUUAUGGUACAUACAUUUGGAAACUACGCUCAGGGUAAUCAGAAUACUUAGCACCCUUACCACCGCCGUUUGGGUAAGAAAUGCAAUGCAUUUACGUGUAGAAUGUCUUCUCCGUUGUCUCUCUGUUGAAACCAAUCACUCCUAUGGGGAAGGUGAAGGAAUGCAAUGCAUUUACGUGUAGAAUGUCUUCUCCGUUGUCUCUCUGUUGAAACCAAUCACUCCUAUGGGGAAGGUGUCGAUGGGUGUAAGGCUCUGGUUUGUCCACCAGAGGUCACAAUGUCCUUUGUAGAGCUUCUCUGGAUGUGAAGUGGUUGUUAGACAGAUACUUCAGAUGUACCAAUGGUUGUCUGAGAUGGGAUUGUCCUUGCCACCUCGUGUCUUUAGUCAAAGUUCUAGACUACUUUACAUGCCAGCUGCAGACUGGUAAUGCUACGGUCUAGUGAGUUUCUUCUUCUUGUGUAGAGAUUGAGAGUUUCAGAGUUUCUCACCAUUUCAAACAUGUGGACUAACGUCUCACAUUUCCUGGUCUUAGAGUUUCAACCAUUUGUAACGUUCAGCUCGCGCUGUACGUCGGCUGGUCUAUCUGGUCUAACAAUUUAAAGCCGUGUAGCCACAGCCACAAUGUUAAGGUGUCAAGACCCCUUCUCUUCUAUGGGAGAGAGGGGGUCUGGCUAUCUUCAAACAUUUUCCUAGCUGAUGGGUCCCUUUUCUCUUUUCUCCCUUUCCCACCCUCCUUUCUCUCCAUAUUUUCCUUCAUACGUGCGUGUCCAGGAACUGAUUGUCUCGUGCACUGCGUUCGCCGGCAUUCUGGCGCUCAACUACCAGCAGGACUACACGGUGUGGGUGUUGCCGCUGCUCAUCAUCUGUCUGUUCUCCUGGCUGGUGGCCCACUGCUUCCUGUCUGUCUUUGAGAUCGUGGUGGACAUGCUCUUCGUCUGCUUCGCCGUGGACACCAAGCACAAUGACCGCAGCCCCAGCCAAAAGUUCUACAUGGACUAG